AUGACGACCAACCAAACACUGAUAAUGGAGGACCCGGGCGAGUACUGCACAAUCGACACUUGCUCGCUCGAACUCGCCAACUUCACCUACAUCCCAACACUUGCCGGCAACGCCACCUAUCUAGCCAUCUUCGCCUUCCUCGUGCCUUUCCAGCUCUUCUUCGGCAUUCGCUAUCGGACAUGGGGCUUCCUCGUCGGCAUGAUCGGCGGCCUGGCCCUUGAAAUCAUCGGCUACGUCGGCCGCGUCCAGCUGCAUUUCAACCCCUUCCCAUUCGACCCCUUCCUCGAGUACCUCAUCUGCCUCACCAUCGGCCCGGCCUUCCUCAGCGCCGCCAUCUACCUCUGCCUCGGCCGCAUCGUCGUCGUGUACGGCGAACACGUGUCGCGCAUCGCGCCGCGCACCUACGCCAUCAUCUUCGUUUGCUGCGACCUGCUGUCGCUGAUCCUGCAGGCCGCCGGCGGCGCUCUCACUGCUACCGCCGACAAGGACCAGGACGACCUGCGCGACACGGGCAUCAACAUCAUGAUUGCCGGUCUGGCCACCCAGGUCGCGUCGCUCGCAGCCUUUAUUUUGCUGUGCGCCGAAUUUGCGUGGCGGGUCGUGCAGAACAAGCACAGGCUGAACGAGAGCUUUGAGGGUUUGAGGAGGACCAAGAUGUGGAAGCUGUUCUUGUUUGGCAUUGCUGUUGCCACAGUUACCAUUUUCGUCCGCUGCAUCUACCGGCUGUUGGAGUUGAACGAGGGCUUUGACGGCGAAUUGGCAAACGACGAGCUGCUGUUCAUGAUCCUCGAGGGCCCCAUGAUCUUCAUCGCGUGCAUCGCUCUGACCAUCUUCCACCCUGGCGUCUGCUUCCGCGGGAGGUUCCAAGAGGCAGAUUGGUCGUUUAGCAAGAAGAAGAGCGGCGGGAGGACCAAGGAGACGGGGUUUUCGGAGACGGAGGACGAGAGAGCUUAG